UGGCCCGAGCGUGGAGCUGAAUUCAAACCCUUCCCCAGCCCGGGCAACCAAAGAAUGGCUGCCUUUGUGCGCAGGCUGCGUCACGUCCCACCCUCGCAGGGUGCCUUUUGCAAGGUGCUGCUAAUAGACAAAUUACAGCUCCCAGCCUGUCAAGGUAGAUAACAGGACCAUGUGAUGCAGGCAGCUCAGCAGUUGACGGGUGGCACCGCAGGGUAAAGGUGCGCGGCGCAGCGCGGCGCAGCCACGCCGGGAGGGAAGGAAGGAAGGGGAAGAAGCAGCCGAGCUCACGGCGACGGGACUCUCCGUCUCGUGGGAGAGCCGGGUGGCGGGUGUUCUUCCCGGUGGAUCUCACUUCUGCCUUGAUGCCCUGGGAAGAUUCCCAAGCGCCUUGGAAAAAGUAAUUAUAGCCGCAAUCGGCGCCACUGCCAAAGCCCAGGAGAAGCGAUCAGCAUGUCUUUCAACAGAAAGAACUGGUCUGCGCUUUCGAGCCUGGCUCGACAAUGGAGUGCUGAGGAUGAGGAAGAGCAGGAGAGGGAGCGCAGGCGGAGACACCGGCAGCUGAAUUCUACCACGGAGGCAAAGGAGGAAACCUCCAGCGUAGUACAGAACAUGACCAGCCGAGCAUCAAAUAGGUUCCGUAGCUCUUCAGAGGUGAAGCCCUCAAGACUGGGGAGCUCAAAGCCAGGAAAUGAGAGGGCACUGGUAGAGGCAACAAAUCAGCAGGAAGACAGAGGAGUAAGGAGGAGAGUGGAAAUGUUAAAUAAUGUGAAACAGGAUAAGAAGGAGACCCUGAAUGCCAGGAAAUUGGAAAAGGAAGCUGCUGAAAGGAAAGCUAAGCCCCCCUCAGAACCACCUCAGAAGCAGAAGGAACCCAUAGUGGAAAAAUGUGAAAGCCUGGUUCACCCAAAGGAGCCUGAUGAAGAAAAGCAUCAAAUUGUGGGUGAGGGAAAAAAGGAGAAAACAGUAGAGAAACAUGAAAACUUGGAUCAGAGUGAGAAGGACCCCAAAACACACAAGGAUCUGGUCUUUAGCGAGGAGCAGCAGGUGCCAAAGGCACCCCAGCCUCAGGGAGUGGCUGCAGUCCAGAAUGAGGUGGCAACACAGCAGCCUCAGCGAGCUUCUUGGGAGCGUAAGAGCAUCAGCCGGCUUGAGGUCAAGAUUCAGUCCAGAGUCAGGAACUUCCCGGAAGGUGCUCCAGCUACCGUUGGACCGCAGGCAACAGAAAGAAGUAGUCUCAAAUCAGAAGAAGCUGUAAGCUCUCUCUCUGGUCAAGAUGGAUCUGAGGCUCCCUUGCUAGUCUCUCAUCCUGUGAUUACCUACAGUAGUUCAUUCAAAAGGAUCAGUCCAAGGACUAUCUCAUUUCGGGUGGUCCCCAGGAAAGAGAAACAAGAAGAUACAUUAAGCAGAAGUGUCAGCAUGAGGCUCCCAGCAAACACUGCUAAACUUGAGGAGAAGCUGGAGAGGUAUACAUCUGCUGUGCAGAGAGCAGGGUCAAUUAAAUUACCUCCAUCUGCUCGGAGAAAUUUCCAUCCACCCUCAGAGGGCGUGGCCAGCAAGCGCAGCAUCUUUGAAGCAACUGUCCCCAUCCGGGCUGAGACUACCACCCCUGUCCGGAAGGAGAGUUUGAAGAUCUCCGGAGGAGUCACUUCUCGCAUCAAUCUCUGGAUCCGUCGAACCCAGGAGCCCAGCAAGGAUGAAGGAACCAAGGACAUUCAUAAAAUUGAGAACAUUGCAGAGCGGACUCAGUUGGGAAAAUGGCCUGAUGAUUCCUGAAGGAAAACCAGGAUGUACCUAUACAAGCUGUUCUGGGGACAACUUAUCGCCACUCAAAUAAAAUGUCGUGGCCACUUGAAAUUCUACUGCAUUCCUUGGUUUCAGACUGUUCCCUUCCACAAGGCCAUUUGCCUGGCAAAGAAUAUAUCAGUCAACCUGCCUAUGUUGCCUUUUCAUGGAUUGGGUUUCUUGGUGACUAAAAAAAAUGCUUCUAAUUGGUGGAUGGGAAAGUUGGCACUUAUGACAUAGAAACUGUAUUACCCAUAAUCCACUUCUGUCCCUUUCCACUUCUGUAUCUUCUAACUCCCAAAUAUCAAAGCCUCAAGUUCUACCAGCAACCUUGAAGAUAUGAAAUACAUUUGGCCAUUAAUGAACCAUGCUUCAGUUAUGCAUUUGCCAUGAUGCAUAUUAUACCAUAAUUCACUAUUUAAUUCAUGCACCUAACACUAGCAGUUACUGCAUAAAGCUGGUAGUUUUGUGUGCUGACUGUGAUGUCAUCACAUAGCCAGAUCUUAAAAACAUUAGAGUCCUGUUGGAUUGAACCCAAAAGUCUAUCUAGUCCAGCAUUCUGUUCUCAUAGUGGCCAACCAGAAGCAUCUUGAAAGCCCAUGAGCAGGACAUGAGUGCAAUUGCACCUUCCCACUUAUAUGACCCAGCAACUGGUAUUCAGAGACAUUUUGCCUCUGAUACUGGAGGUAAUGUAUAGCCAUUGUGACCAGUAGCCAUAGAUGAUGAUGCCACUGGGAUGAAGGAGGCUGAUCUGAAGGGAAUAAUGGAGACAAACCUGCAACUGAUGAGGGAUGUGAAGAGCUUCACAGUGGAGAUUGCUGCUAUCUGAGAACCAAGAGCAGGGUGAUGGGCUACCCGUGUAUGGUGAGAGAAGGGUGUGGGCUGUCUGAAUGUGUGUAGGGGGCCUUUUCUCUGCAGCAGCACACCCCCACCCCCACAAAAAGAACUGCUUGAAACGGCCUUCUGAAAAAUCACCAAAGGGUGUGUGUGUAUUAUCACAUAUAUGUAUAUAUAUAUAUAUAUUUUCUCUAAACCAAUGGAACAAAUCUGUUGUAUCUCAAGGCUUAUUGUUUUCAGUAGGACUUAUGGUGAACUUUUGUGCAUGGUUAUUUAGGAGCAAGCUCCACAUGUGUUCAAUGGGAUUUACUCCUAGGUAGGUGUGUAUAGGAUUAGAGCCUAAGUCAUUACAAACUUUAGCUGGAUUGGGGCCAUAGGUUCUUGUAUGAACCCUGCCUAUAAAAUCUUAAGUCACUGACUUAAAAAGUCAAGCCAGUUUGAUCAGAAUUUUUGUAAGCGUAUUUAGACAAACAUCUAACUCUAGAUUCAGUGAUGAAUUUGGCUCUUGCUAUAUUUCAUAAUAAAUAUCACUUUGGUUCAAGUACUUCUUA